CGAAGCGAUUGCGAUCUGGGUCAGGCUUUGAAUCGAUGUCGGGGCGGCGCGACUCUCGGGGACGGAGUGUCAGCCGCGUCCCGGAACGCUUGAUUGACAGCCGCGGUCUGGGCUCGGCUCGGCUCGUUCACACUCACUCACACUCACACUCAGCGAUCGACCGACCGGCCGGCACAGCAGCGGGCCUUGCGCUCCCUCUCAUCAACACACACCAGCAAGCCGUACAGUACAUGGAGCAGAAGUCACGCUUACAGCGAGGCGACAUUUCUACUUAGAAUUCGAGGAGGGAGAAGAAAACCUCACGGCGAGCCUCACCUGAGAGACUUUGCUAUUGCCCGUAGCUGGGACUACUUUUUUUUUCUCUCUCUCCACCGGCACGGGAAGAAAUAACCUGAAUUGAAUCGGGAGAGGUUUUUUUAAAAAUCUUUAAAAAUGAGCUUGAACGAGCAUUCAAUGCAAGCUCUGUCUUGGAGGAAGCUCUAUCUCAGCAGGGCAAAACUCAAAGCCUCUAGCAGGACGUCAGCUUUACUCUCUGGUUUCGCCAUGGUAGCCAUGGUGGAGGUGCAGCUUGAAUCGGGACAGGAUUACCCAAAAGGUCUCUUGAUUGCUUUUAGUGCCUGUACAACAGUACUGGUUGCAGUACACCUCUUUGCUCUCAUGAUUAGCACUUGUAUCCUUCCCAAUAUCGAGGCCGUUAGCAACGUCCAUAACCUCAACUCUGUCCACGAGUCGCCCCACGAGCGUAUGCACAGGCACAUUGAACUUGCGUGGGCCUUUUCCACAGUUAUCGGGACCUUUCUCUUCCUCGCUGAAGUCGUGCUGCUGUGUUGGGUUAAAUUUCUUCCAUUAAAGAAAAAUCCUGUGGAUUCCACGGAAAAUAAUUCGACGUCGAUAUCGCCCGGAAAAGCAGCAGCUAUUACAUCCACAGCAAUCAUGGUACCCUCUGGAAUAAUUUUUAUCCUGUUUGCUGUUCACUUCUACCGGUCGUUAGUGAGCCACAAGACCGAGCGAGUUGAGAGAGAAUUGGAUGUACUUGUACAGCUGCAGGAUCAGCUGGACAGAGGGGACACAUUGCACCCUGCUGGGUCUCAUUUUGGAUAAGAUUAGUUGUAAACUCAUUGGAAUAGCCUUAUGACUAGUUUACAGCACUUUGUGCAUGAGAUGACUGUUAUACAAAUCUACAAGUGCUAGCUGAUCCUCAGUACUACUAUUUGACCUUGGGUCAGUAACCAGCAGAGAACACCUCUGUUUUCACUUUUAAAUUCAGAUUAAAUGACUGCAUGUAUUUACUUUGAAUUUGUAUGGAAUUUUAAAUGGAUUGUUUAAACUUUCAUUAUUAAAGAAAUCGGGUGUACGUGUGUUUUACAGGCAUGUCUUAAUAACAAUGUUUUUUUUCUAAUGUAAUACGCGUUUCUCUU